UUUUAAAAAAAACAUCCUCUUUACCUCUAUUUUCUUGGCAUAUAAACAUAUUUAAUAUCUUUCAUUUUCUUUCAUUUUCCUCUUUUCUUUCUUUGGUUUCUUUCCCAAGAAACUGAAGGAAAGAAUUGAGUAGAGGAGAAUUUAAAUUUUUUUAGUUUUAGUUUUUUGUUAUGUUUUGAGAGAGACCGCGAUGGGGAAGUACAUGGAGAUGUUGGAUGCUGGGGUUAGAAUACUUACAAGAUUUCAAUCUCAUUGUCCACAGACUGCUCGCAUGUACUACCAUCCUCCGGCUAACUCCGACGAUCACCCCCACCACCACCACGACCAACAUGGCAGCACCGCCACCGGAAGUGACGUGAACAGGGUAGGUUUUUGCUCUCCUAAGGCGGAUAGAGGGAUGGACGCGAAAGAGUUCAUUCUUUUUUCGGUUUAAGGAAAACUAAAAUGAUUCGGAGUUUAAAUUCUGCUAUUAUCCAUAGAAUACGCCCUUCCGAGGAAAUAAAUUAAGAGUUAUUAUGGUAUUUCCUAUAUUUUUGUUA